UGGAACUACUCACUCGGUAACUUUGCGCGCCAUGUGCAAAGUAGAUCUUCUGCAAUGGCGAAUGUUGGAGAAACCGUGGCCAAAUAUGUAGGACACAAGGUAUCGAGGGUUCGAUGGAUUCCUCAAGUACAAGGACAGUUGAAUCCCUCUGAAUCUUUUGUGACAGGAGGCUGGGACGACCAGAUUAACAAGUUGUCCAUUUGGAAAGUCGAGGAACCAAGUGAAGAUUCAGCUGCUGCAUUCAAUGUCACAAAUGAACCUAAAUUGUUGUGUGAAACUAAUUAUACUGGGGAUGUCACAGACAUAGAGUGCAUUGAUUCGGGGAAGAUCCUGGUAUCAUCUUCUACAGGAAGUGUUUCGUUGUUCCAUUAUAGCCCAAAACACCAGUCCAUAAGACCUGAGCAUGAGUGGAAUACUCUUCAUCACAUUGGGGAUCGCAGCUGUUCAUGUACGUGUCUUUCCACAAAUGCUAGCUCAGCAGAAAUUGUAAGCGCUGGUGAAGAUGGAAAAAUCAAUGUUCUGAAACUUGAUCAUAGACAUCCAGUCAGAACAAUAGAUUCUGCAGAUAGCACAACCAUAAACAGUAUCAAAUUUACAAAAUUGCAUGAAGUAGCUGCAGUAACAUUCGGUGGUCAGCUCAAAGUUUGGGAUCUUCGACAACCAAUUGAUAAACCUGGAAGAACAAUGCUACUUUCUGGUAAUCGUGUCUCAUUGUUGUGCGUUGACAAACAUCCGACCCAGCCACAUCUACUGGCAGCAGGAGGUCAAGAUGGUGUACUGAGCAUCUGGGACAUGAGACAGGAACUGUAUCCUGUCACACUACUGGAGGCACAUGCCGCAGAAAUAUGGGAGGUCAGGUUUCAUCCUCUUAGUCCAGACAACCUAUUCACAUGUUCAGAAGAUGGAUCUCUUUGGCACUGGGAUGGUACAUCUGUGGCAGUCCAAAACAUCACAGGGUUUGCAGGUGCCAGUAAAAGUCACUUCAGUGGAAUUAGUAAUGGUGCGGGCGUGGGUGGAGGAUAUGACAGCAUAAGCCCUUGGCUAUCAGUGGACGCGACAAAACAUAAAAUGGAGACAUUUUCACUACUUCCUUAUAACAGACUGUCAAUCAAUUCGUUGGAUAUUCAAUCAAGACACUUGUUAAGUGGAAGUGACUGUGAAGCUAUUUUUAUUGUCAAAGAUCUCGUCAUCAGAUGAUCACUUUUGUUAUAAUUAUUAUAUUAUUAAUAAUGUUCAUAGCUUUUACUACUUGAGUGUAUUACUGUACAGUUAACAUUGCAUAAUUUGGGAGGAUAGACAUCUCAUAACUUGAAUCAGUAACUACUACAUUUACGACGAUGAUAUUCAUACAGUCACCAUUUUUGGUACAGAUACAUGUACUCCAAAACUGUCAGUGCCACAAGCCACAAUGAGGCUGGAUACUUUUGCAACUUUGGCAAUAAAUACUGCAGAUUCAAAUCAGUUCUUGGAGAUGGGAUUUCACUAGAGCUUUAAGGUUUCUUCUUCCUCUGACCAAGACGGUUUCAAAUGCAAAUACUCUUUUCAGAAACACACUUCAUGUUGGUAUCACAGGUAAUCCUAUGCAUAAGGUGUGUGGAAAAAAGCCCUAAAUGACUCUUGAUCUCAUUUCAAAUCCUCCUUUUUUCGUAGAAGGAAGCAGAAAGCAAUUUGUGAAGGGAAUCUCGUCAUCUAUCAGAUGUCAUGUAGGGUCUUUUUCCAGUCAACCCUUCAAAUGGGAAAAGUGUUUUUGUCCCCAAAAUAUUUGCAUGUGUACCUCAUUUUGUACUCAGGUCUUCAAUUUUCUGACUAUUUUCAACAAAGACAACACCAAUCCUAGUAUUAUCAGGCAAAAGCAGGACAGGUAUUUUUUUAAAAAAGGUAGCAAGGGAACUCUCUUGAUUUGGCUGUUACAACUGUUUUACAAAUAUGUAGGUAAGCUAUUUUCUUUAUUCUUUAUUAUUAACAAAAGUGGACAUUUGUAUAAAUUUAAAUUCAAAUAAACAGUAAAUUGAUUUCAAGACUCAUCAAAGUUUGUGUGCAAAAAUUAAAUUGAAUUGAUAGGCCUGUGAUUCAUGUGCUAAAAGUUGUUGCUGCAACAACAAGUACCAAUUAUGUACAGUCUAAAACAAUAUGCAGUACUUAAACCACCUUAACUAGAAAAUGCUUCUCCCAAAUUUCUGACCGUAAUGGCCUUCGCAACUUUUGGAUUUACCAGCCCGUUCCAGUGACUACUUCCAGAGGGUUGUAACUUUCCAGGGUCCAAUCUCUACUAUUGUGCAGCUAAAUUUUGUACCAUAAGUGGGCCAAGCCAUCAAAUACACCAAAAAGAGAAACAUUACCAUUAGUUAACAAUGAGUUAUGUGAAUCAAACUAUGUAAGAUCAUUUUGGAUCAGUGUCUCGUAUCCGUUAUUUCCAGUUUUUCUCAAGUCCAAUUAACUUUGAGGUCUCUUCUUUCCGAUGACUGCUACUUUGCAAUGUUUGUUACUUUCUGUGUCACUACUUGUGGGGUUUGCUAAUGACCAUAAAAUUUGUACAUUUAGAGGGUCACUACUUUUAAGAGCUCUUUCAGCUUUCAACAAAAUGUAAAUUAGAUAUUUUCAUAAAGGAUAAUUCACAUCAAGUUAAAAUUACAUCCAAAUAUAUACUAGAUAGACUGCCUGAAUUUGUAUACAUCCUCUUAACACAUCAAACAUUGCCUUGUAUGAAAAUUAGUUAUGAUCGUUAUUUUCACUGCUGCUUCUCUAUUUUGAAAGCAAUUGUAAAAUAAACUAUUUUAGACCAA